AUGAAGCGAAGGAGUGGCGAAUUCGAGAGAAUCACGGGAGCAAAGGAGCAGAGCGAGCAGCCGAGAAACAAGAGAACGGCGACGACGGUUGGUGGUGGAGAGGGUGGGGCACAAGACGAGGGGAGCGAGAGUGGCGGUGGGGAGGACAAGGCAGAAAUCACGUGCCUUCCACUCGGCGCGGGGCAGGAUGUGGGGAAGAGCUGUGUGGUGGUGCUGGUGGGCGGCAGGGCGGUGAUGUUCGACUGUGGCAUGCACAUGGGCUACCAGGAUGCGCGCCGCUUCCCCGCCUUCCCCCGCCUCCGCGCGUUCAGCCACGGGCAGCAGCAGUGGCAGAGGCAUGAAGGAGAGCAUGUGGACUACACGGGGAUCAUUGAUUGUGUCAUCGUCACCCACUUGUGCGCACCUCUUUUCCUCCUUCCCGCUUCAUGCGGCUUCCAUUCAUCCAUUCAUCACUGCCAGGCCAGCAUCCCUCCUGCAGCAUCACCCAUGUCUCUCAGGCUCGCUUCGGCCCUCGCCCCCCAGAUGCUGGAGGACUAUCGGCGUGUGCGGUGGAGCGCAGGGGCUGCUGCUGACUUUUCUGCUGCCCCAUUGCCUCCUUCACUCUGUCCCACCUGUUGCUACCCGGCCCCCACUUCCCAGUACCCCACCAAGGCGUUGGCACCCCUGAUGCUGGAGGACUAUCGGCGCGUGGCAGUGGAGAGGAGGGGCGAGGGCGAGGAGGGGCUGUUCUCCAGUGCGGAUAUCACUGCGGCCGUGGGCCGAGGCAUGCACUGUCUAAUGCCAUAUACAGCAGGCGACCAUGUUCAGUCUGUCACCCGCCUCCCACGCCACCAGGUCCUGGGAGCGGCCAUGUUCCACGUGCAAGCGAGCAACGGCGCGUCCGUGCUCUACACAGGUGAUUUCAACAUGGCACCUGACAGGCACCUGGGAGCAGCCAGGGUGGAUCCUCGCCUUCGACCCGACCUCAUGAUCUCCGAGUCCACCUAUACCACGACCAUCCCUGAGUGCCUCCGGAGCCGAGAAGCAGACUUCCUCUUGCGCGCGCAUGCGUGGUCCACCUAUGCCACGACCAUCGGUGAGUCCCGUAGGAGCCGAGAAGCAGACUUCCUCUCACGCGUGCACACGUCCACCUACGCAACAACCAUCAGGGAGUCCCGGCGGAGUCGAGAGGCAGACUUCCUCUCACGCGUGCACGCGUGUGUGGCAGCAGGGGGCAAGGUGCUCAUCCCUGUGUUCGCCAUGGGGCGAGCGCAGGAGCUGUGUGUGUUGCUGGACGAGUACUGGCACCGCAUGGGCCUCACUUUCCCCAUCUACCUCAGUGCUGGUGUGUAUUUUUGCCACUUCCCUGUGUGCAUUUGCCCUUGGUCGCGUGAUAGGAGGGGAUGGGGCGAUGGGGGGGUCCAAGGCCUGACCUCCCAGGCCACGGUGUUCUACAAGACUCUGCUGACGUGGACCAAUCAACACAUCCAUUCCCCCCUCCUCCCUCCCCUCCGGCCGUUCCAUCUCUCUUUCACACGUCCCUCUUUGCUCCCCAGUGCCGCCAUUCAUCUGCGCCCUACUGGACGCCCCCUCGCCCAGGGUGCUCUCAAGGAGCCUCAACCACUUCUUUCUCCCUCUUCUUCCCCCUCCUCCCCACUCCCACUUCCCCCCAUCUCCCCAGUGCGGCCAUUCGACCGUGCCCUACUGGACGCCCCGUCACCCAUGGUGUUGUUCGCCACGCCCGGCAUGCUCUCAGGGGGUCUCUCCCUUCAGGCCUUCAAGGCCUGGGCGCCACACCCCCGCAACCUGCUCGUGCUGCCAGGAUGCGUCUCAGUGGAGGCCGCUGCAGCCUCACCACCUCAGUGGAAAGUGUUUACCUUCUCGCUCCUCUCUCCCCCCUCCCUUCUGCCGCCCGCGGCUCCCCCUCUGCCGCCUAGGUUCUGCAUGGCCGGCACGGUGGGCGGCAAGAUCAUGGCCAUGGCCUCCACCAAUGCUGCUGCUGCUAGCGGGGGUGGGGGUGGGGAUGGAGGGGAUGGAGGAAGAGAAGGGGGAGGGGGAGGCGGAGGGAGGGUAGCCGUCGACCAGAGCACGCAAGUGGCGGUCAACUGUCAGGUGCAUGUGCUCUCAUUCUCCCCACACACCGAUGCCAAGGGCAUCACCGACCUUAUCCGCCACCUGGCGCCGCGCCACGUCAUCCUGGUGCAUGGCGAGCGUGCCAAGAUGGCGCAGCUACGGGACAAAAUUGCCGACCAGAUGGGCAUUCCAUGCUUUACCCCGGCCAAUCAUGAGACAGUUAGGGUGCCGGGGACGGUCACUCAGAAUGUUGCAGUUCCGCGUGCAAUGAUGGUGGCUGAUGGUUUGACGGGGAAUGGGACGAUGGGGAGUGGAGGAGGGGAGGAAGAACCGGGGGAAGGAGUUAGGUCCCUGUUGGAGUCCUCACGCAAGUUCUACGAAGCGAAGCACUCUUUAGCGCAGCACGGCGUGCGGGUGGACGGCGUGUCGGUAGAUCUAGCGGCGAUGAUGGCGCUUAAAGCGGACGCCAUAGAAAGCCUGACGUCGGGCGUCGAGCGCAUGUUCGAGCAGCACCGAGUUAACUACGUCAAGGGCGCGGGCCGCAUCACAGGCACGCACGAGGUCACCGUGAGCCUGUUAGACGCGCACGGGCAGGUCGGGCAGGCGAAAAAAGUCCUCUCGGCGAAGAAUAUCAUCAUCGCGACGGGGUCGGACAUUCGGCAGGUGCCUGGGGUCCCGAUCGACGAGAAAAAAAUCGUUUCGUCGACUGGCGCGAUGUGCCUUGAGAAGGUUCCGGAAAAGAUGCUGGUGGUGGGCGGCGGGGUGAUCGGACUCGAAAUGGGGUCCGUAUGGAGUCGCCUGGGCGCAGACGUGACUAUACUGGAAUUCGCGGAUGGCAUUGGCGGGUACAUGGAUAACGAGAUUCGGCAGGCGUACCACCAGAUUCUCGAAUCCCAAGGGCUGAAAUUCCUCCUGGGAACCAAGGUGGUGCGUGGGGACGCUUCGGAGGAAGGCGUGGUACUGCAGGUAGCGCCGGCGAAAGGAGAGGGCGAGACGCGGGAGGUUCACGCUGACGUGGUGAUGGUGGCGGCAGGGCGCGUGCCUUGCACGAACGGGCUAGGGUUAGAUGAGGUGGGGGUGAAACGAGACAUGAACGGACGGAUAUUCGUGGAUAGCCAUUUCAGGAGCACGCGGCCUACUGUGUAUGCUAUCGGGGAUGUUAUUCCGGGACCCAUGCUGGCGCAUAAGGCGGAGGAGGAUGCAAUUGCGUGUGUGGAAAACAUCAUGAACGGGCACGGGCAGGUGAAUUAUGCGACGGUGCCCGGGAUUAUUUACACGCACCCGGAAGUGGCGAUGCUGGGUAUGACCGAGGAGGAGCUGCAGGCGACGGGGAUGGAGUACACGGUGGGUAAAUUCCCCUUUAAAGCGAACAGCCGGGCGCGGGCGAUGGGGGAGGUGGAGGGGUUUGUGAAGAUUCUAGCGGAUAAGGAGACGGAUCUAGUGCUGGGCGCGCAUAUACUGGGGCCGAGCGCGGGAGAGCUGAUCAUGGAGUGUGUCUUGGCCAUGGAGCAUGGUGCCACGACGCUGGAUUUAGCCCGCACGUGCCAUGCACACCCCACGCUGACGGAAGCUGUGAAAGAGGCUGCUUUGGCCGCCCAUGGGAAGCCCAUUCACUCGGAUAAAAAGGGGUUGGAGGUUGGUGCGGCAGAGAGGGUGGGUUUGGGAGACAGGAAGAGUGGUGCAGGUGGAGUGAGGGUGGGGAGAAGCGGAUUGGAGGUGACGCAUGCAUUGGAGCAGGGGUGGAUAACCGCCCUGACAGAUGCUUGA